UCUGCCGUAGCAGAAGUAAUAAUGACAACUUUCUUCAAUGGAGUGUAACAUUUCAGGCUGUCCUUACUUUAAUGCCUUUAAGAAGUUCUACACUUACGAUUGUGUGGACAAGAAUACCAUCGAGUUCUCUUGUCUGAACAACUUUCACUAUGUCUCGGGAAAUGUGACCAGUUCCUGCAUUAAUAACACAUGGACAUCAGAAGAGGCAAUCGUUUGUGAAGUGGACUAUUUAAUGCAGAGUUCCAUCUUAGCGCCCCUGAUAGCUGGAUCAACUAUAUUUCUUUGCUUUAUAUUCCUGUUUAUAGACCUUUAUUUGUACAGACUAGAUAGUAUACGGAUACAUAACUCUGUAGUACGGCGACAUUGGCAUUGUGGACCACUGAGAGUGUUGGAGAACUACACCAUGCGUCCAUUACAGUACCAAGGAAAAGUGUAA